UUAAAAUUUACUUCCUGGAUUAAAAUUAUCCCGAGUCAAACAAAAUGCACAGAGAAAAUGGAAUGCUUAAUUGUCUUGGUGGAAUGCUAUUCACAGUAAAUAUUAUUUCUGCUUAUGAAAACAUAGCAUUAAACAAGCCUGCCUGGCAGCAACAUCCGUAUUCUUCCUCGAGAUGGGGAGCAGACAAAGCUGUAGAUAGACGGUAUUCAUUUCAGAGUGCUGCUGGAGAACAGUGUACAAUAUCUGACAUUGUAAAAGUAACUGCAAUCUGGCGUGUGGAUCUAGGAGGCAUACUCAGUAUACAUCAUAUAACCAUCUUCUACAGGACGGAUGAUGUCAUAUGGGACGAAACCAAUGGAUACGCGCCACGCUUUCUUGGUUUUUCGGUUUACAUUUCGAACACAACCAAUAGAUAUGAUGGCUAUCUUUGUUUCAAAGACGUGAAUUACACCAAGGCUACAAUACCAAAUCCUGCUACAAUAAAAUGUAUAAAUCAUGGGAGAUACGUCAUUUACUACAAUGAGAGACUCCCAGGAGUUACCUACCCUGAUGGCUAUUCAACGUAUGCACACAACGAACUCUGUGAACUUGAAGUUUAUGGUUGUCCUGUCCAAGGUGUUUAUGGAGAAAACUGUACAUUACCAUGUCCAAAUAAUUGUCAGGAGAGGCGUUGUAACAUUGAGGAUGGGACUUGUCUUGGGUGUGUAAUGGGAUACAAAGGAGUGCGAUGUGAAGAACAAUGCAAUGCGUGGUUUUACGGUGCAGAUUGCAGUCUUUCCUGUGGAUCAUGUUUGAAUUUCGAACAGUGUCAUCACAUCAAUGGGACAUGCUUUAAAGGCUGUGACAAGGGGUUUCAGGGAGAAAAAUGCAAUGACGAAUGCUCUGUAGGACGUCAUGGCUACAAUUGUCAGGAUGUUUGCAGCAUUAAUUGCGGAGUCCUUGGUAGAUGCAACAGAGUGACCGGAGAAUGUCAAGGUGGAUGUAAGGCGGGAUGGAAAGAUAAAAGAUGUGAUAGGAAGUGUGAUAGCAGAACGUUUGGACUAAACUGUGCCCAUUCAUGUGGUGUUUGCCUUGAUAAAGAACAAUGCCAUUUUGUGAACGGGACAUGUUUAAAUGGUUGUGACAAAGGUUAUCAAGGAAUAAAUUGUACACAGGCAUGCCCAGAUGGAUUUUAUGGAUACAACUGCAAGGAGACAUGUAGCGUCGAUUGUAAAUUUCCAAAGAGUUGUGACGUAAAAACUGGAGAGUGUCGUGCCAUAUCAUCAGAUUCUGAUACAACAAGUCAGUGCUAUCCAACUCUUUACGGAGUGGUUUCCACGCUUUGCUUAAGCCUGGUUUUAAAUAUCGUUUUCGUUAUCUGGAAUUGUAGGAAGAAUACAUGUAAAGGAACGUGUCGAGAAACGAAUAACAAAAAACAGAGGUCCAUUGAACACACCAAGCCUAACACAGAGAUCUAUGAUAAAGUAGAGGACAACGCAGGAUACCAGGAACUGGGUCAAAUAAGUCGACCUUCCCAUUAUGAUAAAUUACAUUAGAAAGAAGUGAGGAUUUUAUGUAUACAAUGCAAAUUGUUAUUAUUUUUGUCAAU